AUGAGUGACAGCGAGAAGAAAGAGGAGAAGCAGGAAGAGAAGAAAGAAGAAAAGAAAGAAGAGAAGAAGAAGGAGGAGUCUGAAGGAUCCGGAUCAGAAGACAGCGGCUCAGAAUCGGGAUCCGGAGGAGAAGGAGGUGGCAAAGGCAAAGGCAGAGGAAAGGGAAAAGGCAAAGGACAUAAAAAGGAUAAAGGAAAAGGGAAAGAGAAGAUGGAAGGCGAGAAGGGUAAGAGCGAAGAGCAUAAGAAAGGGCCAAAGGGAGAGGAGGAGGAGGGAUGCGAGCACGGCCAGCAGGGAAACCGUGGAAAAAGUAUCACUGCAGACGUUAAGUAUCACUGCCGACGUCAGGUAUCACUGCAGGUAUCACUGCAGACGUCAGGUAUCACUGCAGACGUCAAGUAUCACUGCAGGUAUCACUGCAGACGUCAGGUAUCACUGCAGAAGUCAGGUGUCACUGCCGACGUCAGGUAUCACUGCAGACGUCAGGUAUCACUGCAGACGUCAGGUAUCACUGCAGACGUCAAGUAUCACUGCAGGUAUCACUGCAGACGUCAGGUAUCACUGCAGAAGUCAGGUGUCACUGCAGACGUCAAGUAUCACUGCAGACGUCAGGUAUCACCGCAGACGUCAGGUAUCACUGCAGACGUCAGUGGGAAGAGAAAGCCCGCGCCCACACUGGCCCGGAUGGCCCUGAUUGGGACGAGGAAGCCGCUGGGAACGCCCUUCUUGUCUGCCUCGUGCGACAGAGACAGAGGCGGUCUUUGCCAUGCACAUUGGGAGGUCGCCAAAACCCUGCAGGCAACGGCACACCCAGACAUUCAUGAACACAGCGGGAGCCAGAGCGGGAGCCAGAGCGGGAGCCUAGAGCGGGAGCCAGAGCGGGAGCCAGAGCGGGAGCCAGAGCGGGAGCCAGAGCGGGAGCCGGAGGAGGUGCUGGGGAGAUGGCAUGGAGGACGGUUUGCUCAUUUCACCAAAGAGGGAAAACAAAUAGUCAAUGGGUGUCUUUCACCCAUCUUCAGACUGAAGAGGAAGAGACAGCCAACUGAAGAGACAAAUCAGCGCCCUUGGACAAUGAUCAACCAGUGCAAGGCAAAAAUUACUGAAAUUGUCCAGCAAACACAGUUGAAAGCGGUAAAAGAAACACAGAGGGAGAGGCCAACCCUUUACUUUGAGGACGAGCAACUGGAUGAGGUUGUCUCCUUCUUGUUUGCCGUCAUCAGGGAGACCCCAAGAGCAAGACAGCAGAACGAUUGGAUUGACGUCGUCAUGAUUGUGCUCGUACCGUGA